AUGGCUGGUCGUGCGUGCGUUCUGGGUCGGGCUGAGCAGACAAGUGAUUCUCGAAACCUCGGAUCUAUAACAUCUCGCAGUCCCCUGAUACCGACACGGCGAAAUAGUCCCUUCGCAAUCACAGCCCCGAGCGACGCGCUACUGUAUAAAGGGCUCAUCGACCGAGCUGCAUUCCCCCAACAAACUCGACUACUACAGAAUCGAAUCAAGAUGAUGUACCAGCUCUUCCUCGUCGCUAUCCUCGCCGUCGCUGGCGCGAACGCUUCCGCCCUCCCUUCAUCAUCUCCCACAGUAUGCCUCAAAGCAUGCUUCCCCAGCAACCACGUCUGCGCCGAAGGGCAGUUUCUGCAGGCACCUUCCAACGGGGGUCAAUGCUUCGCGUGUUGCCAUACCCCGCCACCACCACCAUCGGAGGUCUGCUUGAGGGCAUGCUUCCAGAAGGACGAUGUUUGCCAGCAGGGCCAGUACUUGAAGGCCCCUGCCAACGAAGGCGGGUGCUUCGCGUGUUGUUCGUCGUAA